CUUGGACCCUAACCUAACCCUAGAUGUGGAUUUGAAAAUAUUUAGUUUUAAAAUUUAAACCUGAGAAUAAACUUAAAAAAGAUGAAUUAAAAUAAUAAAUUAUUAAGUACUUUAUUACAAAAUGUAUAAUUUAAAACUUCAAAGGAUAAUUAUAAAUGAUUACAAAAUAUUAAUUAGGAAAAAAAACUUUGGAAGUGUAAAUGAAGGAUUUAAGAAUUGCAGAUCUAUUUGUUUACAAAAUAAUUUAAAUUUUAAUAAAUUAAAAAAUGAGGAUGGAUUGGGAAGAAGUAAUGGAUUGUUUAAAUGUAAGAAUGUUAAUAUUAAUAAUAAAUUAUAUCAAUCAAGAACGUAUGCUAGUUCUCCAUUGCCGCUGGAUGACACUGAUUUCAGCCCACCGAUUGUUCGAUACGAGGGAAUUAUGAAAUUAUUUGUUGACAGUCCGCCUAUUGAAUUUUGUCAAGAAUCAUUGGUGUCAUUGCAUUCAAGCACUGGGUUACCUUGGUGGGCUACUAUUGUGCUUGUCACGUGUACUGGCAGAACACUUGUCACCUUACCUUGUGCAUUGUACCAGCAAUAUAUAUUUGCUAAAUUGACACAUCUUAAAUAUGAAAUGAAUGAAAUUGUCAAGGACUUAAAACACGAAACAAAUGUCGCUGUUACUAUUUAUGGAUGGACUGAAGCGUAUGGCAGAAGUGUUUACAAUAGAUCUCUAAAAAAACAAUGGAACAAAUUAAUUAUUCGCGAUAAUUGUCAUCCAAUGAAAGGACUGAUUUUGAUGUUAGCGCAGGUUCCUCUGUGGGUUAUCUUGUCUGCCAGUUUUAGGAAUUUAUGUUUCAUGUUACCUCAGCCUACUACAGCUGCUCAACAGACAUUUCUAGAGCUAUCAGUUGAAGGAUUCGGAUGGAUUUCUAAUCUCACUGCUGUCGACAGCUAUUAUAUUUUGCCCAUUUUAGUCGGAGUUUUUACUUUAGCCAACAUUGAGAUCGUACAUAUGCUAAAAACAAAAGAUCCUUCAAAGACGCAAAAAUUUUCUCUUUACUUCGGAAGAGCGAUAUCAUUGAUAAUAGUACCUCUUGCUUGUAUAGUUCCAUCUGGAAUGAGUCUUUACUGGACAACAAGCAGCGCAUAUAGUAUCUUUCAAAAUUUGUUAAUAGUCUCGCCAAAAUUCCGAAGAUUUUCUAGAAUUCCCGAGACAGAAGAAGAUCGUGAGCACCCGUACCGAUUUCUUUUUGACAAGAUCAAAAAAAGAAUCGGUUUAAAAAAUUCUUAAGUUAUUAUUUAAAAAAAAAACAUUCUAAUCAAUGUCAAAUUAAUUUAUUAAUAUCAUGUCAUUAGUUUAUUAUCAAUUAUCAUUUAUGAUAACAAUAUACCGAAAGGUAAUUUGUAUAUAUAUUGUGAAAUAUAUUGUUGGAAAUUUCUA